CGUGUUGACAUCUCAAGAUGCCGAAAUCUAAACGUGACAAAAAAGUUUCAUUGACACAGACAAGAAAGAAGGGUUUGGAAUGGAAGCAGACUUUCAUAGAAGAGAUAAGAGACUGUUGUGAUAAGUAUGCUCGAAUAUUCACAUUUUCCGUGCAGAAUAUGCGGAAUGUGCAGCUGAAGACAGUCCGACAAGAAUGGAGACACAGCAGAUUUUUCUUUGGGAAGAACAAAGUUAUGUCCCUUGCCCUGGGGAGAUCUCCUCAAGAGGAGUACAGAGAGUCUCUUCAUCAAAUCAGCCGUCAGCUGAAAGGACAGACAGGGCUGCUCUUCACCAACACAACCAAGGAAGACGUCCUCAAAUAUUUUGAUAGUUACCGAUGUUUGGACUUUGCCCGUUCCGGUAACAAAGCAACACAGACAGUCGUCCUCGAGGAAGGACCUAUCCCAGAAUUCUCUCAUUCCAUGGAACCUCAAUUACGACAGCUUGGGUUACCCACAAGUCUGAAGAGAGGUGUGAUCACCUUGUUACGAGAACAUCAGGUUUGUGAGGAGGGAGACAUUCUGACACCAGAACAAGCGCGGAUUCUGAAGUUGUUUGGUUAUGAAAUGGCUGAGUUUCACCUGACUCUUGAGGGUAUGUGGACAAAUAACGGCACAUGGGAGGUGUUCACAGCCAGGCCUGAACCUUUACGACCUACUAAGGUCAGGGUCAAAGCCAAGCCGCGUGAGAGUGGUGAUGACGUGAUGCAGGUGGAGCCCUCUGGUGGCAGUGAUGGGGAGGAAGGGAUUGAAGAUGAAGACGAGGAUACGUGACAUUAGUU